AUGAUCAAGACCUUAGAUCCUCACCCCAAUCCAGCAAAAACUGCUGAAAUCAUGUCCAAAUACAGACCCAUAGCACCAAAGCCUGAGACUCCUUCGAAUUCCACAAAUGAGGGCUCUUCUUCCCUCUCACAAAAAAUCAAUCAAUCUCCUUACCUUAGGAAUCUCUGGUUGUCCAGGCCCACCAGGACCAGAAAGAGAGGCAGAGCUCCAAUAGCACCACCAGUUUCCUUCAAGAGACAAAAACCCCAUGUCUUAGGAUUUUGUUCCCCUUGUCAUGUAACAUCUCCAACAAAGAACCUUUCUUUACAGAGUUUCGCUCCUGCCCUUCCUCAACUUUCUCUUCCUAACAAUGGGGUUCUUGGUAACACUCCAAGCUUAGUAACACUUCCACUUCUUCCAUGUUCUCCUUCCCCUCAUCAUCCCAUCGUCACCGAACUUGACUUCAUGAAACUUGGCAUAGAAGAGGUUAUCAUGACAGAUGUUCCAGAAGAGAAGGAUCUUUUGCAGAAAUUACAAGUAUCACAUAUCAGCAACGUUAUAGCACCUCAGCCAGUUCGACCUGUUGGCUCAUGCAUAAACGUUGGUUGCAUCAAUGAAGCUUCUAGCAUGCCACUCGUUGCUCAUGCACCCAAAAGACCAGAGGAGGUGGAGGAAGAGGUUGAGUCUGAGCCAUUGCCAGCUGUCAUAUCAGAUUCUAAUAACAAAGUUAGGAUGGCUAAUUCUGCAUACAAGGAGAUGGUGGGUCAGCCAGAAUGUACAUGGCUUGAAUCCAUGGUUAAAAGUGAUGGAAGGCUUAGAUGUGGCUCGUGCACAAGGAUAAGUGGGGAGGUAACACUACAUCUUCGUGAUUCAAGUAUACCAAUUUCAUCAAAUGGGUUUUCAUGCAGUGUGAGGAUAGAUUGGAAAACUGACCACAAGAUUAGCUCUGUCAAUGCUUUCUGUGAUGUUAUCAGAUUAUCAUGUCAAUCCAGGGACUACCUCUUCUCAUGGAAGUUCCACACUCGUGCCACACAAGCGUCUCAUUUAAGUUUUAAUGUUUGA